UUUCUCACGCUACCGAAAAAUCACAAUGCUUAGAUUAUCUUGUUUCUGUUCGUGAAGAAUUAUCUCUGACAUUGUAUUGUAGUGCUGUCGGUAUCUAAAUCCCCCUACUCAUCAAACUCCCCACUACAGCGAUCCAACAGUUGUUAAGAUCGUAUUUACAAACGUUCUUAAGAUAACAGCUAUUCCGCCGACCGUACGUCUUUGCGCGAGUUGAAAAUGUGAUCAAGUGACAACGGAAAUUGUACUCAAAAACAACAGUGAUAAAACUCAAUUUGUGGUGUGAAAAAUGAAUAUGGAAAACGAAAGUGUUCGUAGCAGCACCGAGCAUGUACCGUCGGCAACACAGUCAACCAUUACAUUGGAUAGAAAGGACGAUGACAAGGAGGGAGAUUAUGACCCGUUUGAGCACAGGGAUCUGGUUCACCCCACUUCGACUUUGGGUGCAUUUUUCCACCUACUCAAGUCGUCAUUAGGGUCAGGAUUGCUUGCAAUGCCGGCGGCCUUUAAAAAUACUGGGUUAAUACCUGGUUGUAUCGGUACAGUCCUCGUUGGAGUUAUAGCUACGCAUUGUGUUCAUAUUUUGGUGUCGACAUCACGGGAUGUUUGCAAGGAAACCCGAGUGCCGUUACUAAGCUAUACAGACACUUGCGAAGGAGUUUUUAAAACAGGACCAAAGAAAUUAAAACAGUAUUCGAAACAUGUUAGGCACUUUGUGGAUUCAGCGAUGGCGGGAGUGUGUCUGGGUGGUACCAGUGUGUAUGUGAUAUUUAUCGCCUCUUCGCUUAAAGAUAUUUUCGACCACUUCUUUCCUGCGACGAAAUUCGAAGUGGAAGUCUACUGCGGGAUUCUUCUUUUGCCUCUCAUCUUGAUCACACAGAUCCGGCAUCUAAAGUUCCUUGUGCCGUUCUCAGUAUUCGCCAACGUUUGUCUAGUGAUAACCUUUGGUAUUACCUGUUAUUACACGUUUACUGAUCUGCCUCCAAUUGAUAAUGUUGAGAUGGUCGCCAGCGUUGAAAAGUGGCCGCUUUUCCUCAGCACAGCAAUCUUUGCAAUGGAAGGCAUCAACGUCGUCAUGCCGGUUGAAAACGAGAUGGCUAAACCCCAGCACUUCCUCGGCUGCCCCAGUGUCCUGAAUGUGACCAUGGUCUUCGUGGCUGCGUUGUAUGGAGUCGUCGGGAUAUUUGGCUACCUUAAGUAUGGAGAAGGCGUCCUUGGGAGUAUUACGUUGAAUCUACCGGAAGGUGAAAUUUUGGCUCUGACCGCCAAGAUCCUUGUGGCGAUUGCAGUGCUGUUUACCUACUGCCUCCAGAUGUAUGCUCCAAUGGACAUCAUAUGGACCCGGAUGAAGUCCCGGGUCAGGAAAGACUACCAUAAUACCAGUCAGAUCGUACUGAGGACAGUUAGCGUGGUGUUGACUGUGGUAUUGGCGGUUGCUGUACCGGAUCUUGAACUCCUAAUCGGUCUGGUCGGCGCCAUCUUCUUUUCGACUCUCGGUCUUCUAAUCCCAGUGGUGGUACAAACAGUCCACAAGUGGGAACGAGGGUUGGGCAAAUACUCAUACAUCCUAUGGAAAAACGGUUUAUUACUAAUAUUCUACAUCAUAGUCUUAGUGUCAGGAUGUUACGCGGCUAUUAAUGCAAUUAUUGCUAAGUUAACGUAAUUCUUCAAGAAACUUGCAAGCAGGAUUUAUUCUGUCAUGUAAGUGAGGGGCUGUGACAUGAAUAUUGCCGUCUCGCUUCCACUUGUUUAAAAUCGUGCGAGGUUAUGAUACAAGUUCUGAAUACGUGUGGCAAUUAAGAAGAUGAGAAUCAAUUGCGACCUUCUUUCUGCAAUAGCUUAAAACAGUAACAAUAAGAUCGUCUACGUUGAGUGUAUUUAUUUAAACGAAAGACAGUUUAUGACAAGAGACAAUGCCUUUAGAUUCCGGAAGGUAAAAAAUAAAGUGUUUUGAAUAUUU